AUGGCGGUUUUCAGCCGUUGUUCCAGAGCUGCUACGGCGGCGACAACGCGAACGCAAACCGCCACCGCCACAUUUUCUCGCAUACUUCGAGCUCUCUCUCCUUCUUUCUGUUCUUCUUCCGUGUUAAAUUCCGAAACUGACCUCAGUAAUAGAAAACCCGCCUUGUUGGGGACUUUGAAGAGAGAGCCGACCGGUCGAAAUGUCCAGUGGGUUUUCUUAGGGUGUCCCGGCGUUGGCAAAGGUACGUACGCUUCACGGUUGUCGAAUCUUCUCGGCGUUCCUCACAUCGCCACCGGUGAUCUUGUCCGUGAUGAACUCGCUUCCUCUGGUCCCCUUUCUUCUCAGUUAAAGGAGAUUGUUAACCAGGGCAAAUUAGUUUCAGAUGAAAUUAUAAUUGAGCUCCUGUCAAAACGCCUUGAAGCGGGAGAAGCUAAGGGUGAAUCUGGGUUCAUUCUUGAUGGUUUUCCUCGGACAAUAAGACAGGCAGAAAUAUUAGAGGGGGUGACAGACAUUGACUUAGUGGUUAACCUGAAGCUUCGGGAAGAAGCAUUGCUUGCAAAAUGCCUUGGAAGAAGGAUUUGUAGUGAGUGUGGAGGAAACUAUAAUGUUGCUUGUAUUGAUAUCAAGGCUGAGAAUGGGAGGCCUGGAAUGUACAUGGCUCCACUUCCUCCUCCUCCUCAAUGUGCAAUGAAGCUUAUUACUCGAGCUGAUGAUACUGAGGAAGUUGUUAAGGAACGGCUCCGCAUAUACCAUGAGAUGACUCAACCUGUAGAGGAGUUCUACCGAAGUCGCGGGAAGUUGUUAGAAUUUGAUCUUCCGGGAGGAAUCCCAGAAUCCUGGCCUAAGCUGCUUCGAGCUUUGAAUCUUGAAUACCACGAGGACAAACAGUCUGCAGCUGCAUGAUGUCUUACAUCUCUGUAACAUGUCAACUAUUUGCAAGGUAAGAUAGGUCAUUCUUUGCAUGCACAACAUGUGUAUGCAUAUUGAUUUUAAAACAGAAAAGGAAGAGAGAAACAUUAAAUCUGAAAUAAAGCUAGACAUGCAUAAAGCCAUAAACUACAUAACAAGGUAGUUGUGUACUGGUAUUCCUGAGAAUGUGUAAAGUGGAUAAGUUAUUGUUUGGGGAGAUGGGGAGGGCAUUGUGUUAUUUAAGUUGGCUACUGAUGGUUUGCUUCAAAAAGAGUAUACAUCUGCUUGAUGCCGGUGCCAUAAGUCAUUUUGCUGUAUAUUUUGUGUUAUGUCAAGUGCAUUAAAGCCGAUUUUAUCAUUGUUAAAUUUGGCAUUACCCUCUGAGAAGGCAACUAGAACCAAACUUUGUUUUGACAAAAAUAGAAAUAUUGAUUAAAAAGCUUUAUCUUUUAUUGGU